AAGAGAAAAAUAUAGAUAUUAGUAAUAGUAGUAAUAAUAGGCUUGAUGAUAUACUUAACCAAAUCUUAGAUGCAACAGAUAGUAUUAGUCAAAUAAAAAAAAGACAAGAUAAUAAUAUAAUACAACAAGAAUUAUUAGAAACAAAAAGGUUCAAAAUGUACUAUCUUUUAGUUGAAGAAUAUAAAGAAUGGAUUAAAAAUCUAGAAAGAGCUAGGCUUAGUUAUAAUAAACAUAACUAUUAA